UGGGCCGGCAGGGCGGGCGGCGCGGGUCCCCUCCCUCAGGUGCCCCGCCGCCCCGUCUCUUCCCGCCGCUCCGAGAGCGAGUUCGAGAGCCGGGUCCGAGCCCAGACCGCGGCGGCGGGAACGGCGGGCGCAGGGGCGUCUCCUGCGCGGCCUCCGACCUCGGCCCAGACGGGAGGCAGUGCGCGGACCCUCCGGGCCGCCCCGAACCAGACCGGAAGGUGCUCAGGAGCCCUGAAGCCGAGCAAAGAUGCCGCAGAGCCCCUGGAGAGGGCCUGACUUCUGGAGACGUGAAGUCAGUUGUGAAGAGGCCCUGGGGGAGGCCCCCCGCCGGCUCCUGUAAAGAAGGGGCUCAGGGCCGGGCAGGGCCGGCGGUGCUGCAGCUAUGGACCGUGAGCUGGGCUGGCCCGCGCCCUCACUGACCCUGCCUGUCCAUGGAGGUGUCCACCAUGGCCUCCUUGGAGUACAUCAUGGUGGAGCUGGCGAUCGCCGUGCUGGCCAUCCUGGGCAAUGUGCUGGUGUGCUGGGCUGUGUGGCUGAACAGCAACCUGCAGAAUGUCACCAACUACUUUGUGGUGUCCCUGGCGGCAGCCGACAUUGCCGUGGGGGUCCUGGCCAUCCCCUUUGCCAUCACCAUCAGCAUAGGGUUCUGUGCCGCAUGCCACAGCUGCCUCUUCCUUGCCUGCUUCGUCCUGGUCCUCACGCAGAGCUCCAUCUUCAGCCUCCUCGCCAUCGCCAUUGACCGCUACAUUGCCAUCCGCAUCCCACUCCGGUACAAUGGCUUGGUGACUGGCACGCGGGCCAAAGGCAUCAUUGCGGUCUGCUGGGUGCUGUCAUUUGCCAUCGGCCUGACUCCCAUGUUGGGCUGGAAUAGCUGCAGCCAGCAGGAGGUGGGCAAAAACCAGUCACAGGGCUGCAGGGAGGGCCAGGUGGCCUGUCUCUUCGAGGACGUGGUCCCCAUGAACUACAUGGUGUACUUCAACUUCUUCGCCUGUGUCCUGCUGCCCCUGCUGCUUAUGCUGGGUGUCUACCUGAGGAUCUUCCUGGCAGCCCGGCGGCAGCUGAAGCAGAUGGACAGCCAGGCACUGCCAGGGGAGCGGGCUCGGUCCACGCUUCAGAAGGAGGUCCACGCUGCCAAGUCACUGGCCAUCAUUGUGGGGCUCUUCGCCCUCUGCUGGCUGCCCCUGCACAUCAUCAACUGCUUCACCUUCUUCUGCCCUGGGUGCAGGCAUGCCCCGCCCUGGCUCAUGUACGUGACCAUCAUCCUCUCUCAUACCAACUCCGUGGUGAACCCCUUCAUCUAUGCCUACCGCAUCCGUGAGUUCCGCCAGACCUUCCGCAAGAUCAUCCGCAGUCACAUCCUGAGGCAGCGGGAGCUCUUCAAGGCAGGUGGCACCAGUGCCCGGGCCCUGGCGGCUCAUGGCAGCGAUGCCGAGCAGAUCAGCCUCCGCCUCAAUGGCCACCCUCCUGGGGCGUGGGCCAACGGCAGUGCCCCCCAGCCUGAGCGGCGGCCCAAUGGCUGUGCCCUGGGGCUGCUGAGUGGAGGGAGUGUGCGGGAAUGUGGUGGGGACACGGGCCUCCCAGACGUGGAGCUCCUCAGCCUCGAGCUCCAGGGAGCGCGCCCAGAGUCCCCUGGCCUCAAGGCCACCCGAGCCCAGGACAGAGCAGGAGUGUCCUGAUGACCCCGGGAGGGAAGCCCUUCUCCUGGCGGGCAGAACCAGUCACUCGGGAGAAGAGUGCAUGGGAGCGGGUGGCUGGUUCCCACUCUGGACAGAGAGGAGGGGGCCCGGCCCAGCAGCCUGAGGCCCAGCAAGAAGGGUCUCGAGUCCGAGGAAGCCGACGUUUCAUGCUGGGAGGCCCGGUGCAGAGCAUCUUGGCUGGCUGGGGCCGGUCCCCAAAUCCAGAAGCACCUGGAAGCGCCACCUUGUCUGUGCAGAGCAUCUGUGGCAGAGCAGGCUGGCUGCCGGCUGAGUGGUUCCCACAGGCCCCCUGCAGCACCCCACCCUCCCCAGCCUCCUCAGGGGUCCAGGAGCUGCUGUGUCUGGAGGUGGCUCAGGACUACUUUCUUCCAGGAGAAAAUGUAAACGCAAGGAAACCCUUUUUAUUUUCUCAUCGUCCCUCCCUGGCCGCCGGGUCUAUUUUGGUCCUGCUGCUAACCUGGCACCAGGACUUGGCCCAGGGAGUCCCAGGCAGCCCCUCCCACUGCCGUGAGUUGCCUUGCGUCUUGCUCGAGGACACCGGCCUGUAAGGGAGCAGGGCCAGGGUGUGGGCGCAAGGGCGAUGGGGGAGGCCGGCAAGGUGCAUCCAGGUAGCCCAGGGCUGCCCAUGGAGAGGCCCAACCUAACUGCCUUUCCACCUGAAGGGAAUGUAUUUUUUUUUUCUGAGAUAAAAUAAAAAUGAGCCAUGUUGUGUUUUAAGCCUGUCCAA